UUCACGUCAUCAAGACCUAAUACUUGGGCAAGAACAACCAAAGAUGGACAGCCCACAUCCCACUUCGGAGGAAAAGGUACUUGUUAAUCAUGCCAAUAAACAAUGUUUUAUCGUGUACCUGGAAGUUAGCUCUCGGGCAGCUGCAUUCGCUCGUUUUGGAUAUUGCCCAUGUAUGUACGUCAACAUAUACAACAUAUACAACAUAUACAACAUACAUACAUCAAAGUAUAUAAUAAACACCUUUGCCCCUCCAUUCGUCUUGACUUUUGCUUUGAUUCUCCAUUUCUCACCUUAAAAUACUCUACAUCGUACACUCAGAUAUUUCAUAAGUCUAUACCAAUAUCUAUACCCAUUCCAUAUUCAUACUCAUAUUCAUACUCAUAUUCAUAUACCCCCUAGCCUAAUACUGUAUACUUUCUACGUGAUACCCCAACCUAAUCCUCUUUCCCAUCCUCUGUCUCACUCUCCUCGUCCCCGAACAAGAUAUUUGAUAUCAAGAUACCCCAUCAUAACGCAAACAUGACGAGCGUAAACAAACCAACAGAUGUCAAGCAAAAGGAGGCGGAUGUAAACAGGAAGCUUCAGAUAUAUGGCAUCAUCAACGCUUUCCAAAGCGGCAAAGUUCCUUCUAAUGAUCAGAUCGACGUUGCCCUAAACAGUUUCCUGGAAUCCAAGGCAUUAGCGACUCCUUCAAAGAAGCUUUCAUCCGAGGGACGAGAGUUGGUCGCGGAUUUCAAGGACAUCGUAGUACAAGCAAAGAAACUGCUUCUAUCCAAGAACGAGGGGAAUCUUCUCCAAGAUUUUAUCUGGCAAACGCAGCAGUUCGAUCCGAGUGUGGUGAGCGUACCCAACGCGCCAGUCGACAAGGAUACGGUGAAGCAGCACGGGGACAAGGCCCUCGAGGGGCUUCGUACCCUAGGAACUUUGAUCAUUACCAAUGGUCAAUUCCGCAAGCUUCUCAAUGACGCCACUGUACUUCUACGCGACAUUGCUGGUGACGCUGCCAGCAAUGCCGGAAAUAAACUUCGUCCUUCCGGCGAAGUUCUCAAUCAAAUUGAUAGGCCCGCCGACGAUAACACCUGGCACGAUGCUCCAAACUUCUCCAAGGAAACCGUUAAGUCCCAGCUGCAGAGUGUUUACAAGAGCAACCCAACACAGGAUGCCAAAGGUGCCGUGGCUUCGGGAGCGCAAGCAGCCCGCCAGUCGGAUGGAACCACUGGUGAUCGCAUAAAUGCUGUGCAGAAUGCGGCAAGUAGGGCUACUGAUCAAGCCAAGUCUAAUAUCGAUCCGGAGACUCGAGAGUCCACGAAGCAGACCACUCAAGAAUAUCGCGCUCGCACUAAGCAGUAUCUAUCCAAGAAGAUGCCAGAAGAGCGUCGUGACCAAACUAUCUGGCGCCUAAAGAAAAUGGUUGUUGAAUGUCAGCAACACCCUGACUAUAACCAAGCUAUUACCACGUUACUCGAUUUGGCUGAGCAGUACGGAUCCCAUGGUAGGAGCCUUGCCGCUGGCGGUACUGGCACUGUUAAGGAGACGCGCUCUAGCCUCGCCGCCGCCGAAGCUGACCUGAAGACAUUGAUUGAGCGAUUUGCCAAUGGAACCUCAAGCGACGACCUCUGGGAUUCGAUCAACACCAUUUAUGAAGAUGCCGACAAAGAUGCUGAGCUUAAGAAUUGGUUCAGAUCACUCGAUACUUAUAUCCGCAAGUGUCUCCAACAGCCCGGAUACAUCAUGGAGGAUGUUUCAAAUGAGGAGUGGCAUGUGUUGUAUGACCACGGCAACUACCUCCUUCGUGAGAAGUACAGGACCCACACCGAUCGUGUUGUCGAUGAGAUCAAGUUCCUGGCCGACCAGUUUGACCAAGAUCCUCAGAAUAAGGCUUUUGCAGCUUCCCUCCAGAAGUUGUUUAACGAUCUUGGUACCGACGAGAGUGGCAAAUCCGCUUUCAAACCUCACCUUGUCAAGGAUCUAACCGAUGUAAUCAUCCCUGCUGCAUUUGAGGAGGUUGCAUACAUUCCUAUUCCUCGUAUUGAAUAUUCCGAUCCCGAGAUUGAUGCCGUGGUGGAGAAUCUCGUGUUGGAGAGCGACAACUUCAUGCCGAAUGUGCUAGAGGUUGCCAGCGACAACUAUUUCCGCUGGGGUCGCAAGAAGAUUGCCAGCAAGAACAAGACGUCGAUGGACAUCAAAGUCACGGGCAUCCAGAUGGACUUGCGCGAUGUUAGCUUCCAUGUCAAGCGCAAGCAGGGCUUCCCCUCCAUCACCGACACCGGUGUUGCUAACAUCAAAAUGGGUGGUGACGGGUUCUGUUUCCGCUUGAAGAUGUCUACAGCAGAUGAGAAGGAUCGACAGCAUUUCUUCAAGAUCGACAAGGUUGAUGUCGAUGUCAAACACCUGCAGAUUAAGCUUGUCAAGUCGAACCACAAGAUUUUGUUCGGUCUCUUCAAGCCCAUCAUGCUCAAGGUUCUUCGCCCAGUGAUCCAGAAGACUGCUGAGAAGCAGCUGAAGGAUCAAUUUACCCAAUUUGAUCAACUAUUGUACCAGAUCAAGCAGGAGGCCGACCGGGCGCUUGACCAAGCUCGCGAGGAUCCUGAGAAUGCUCCCAACAUCUACAACAGAUAUGUCAGUGCCGCUCAGAAGCAAAUGCUUCAGGGCAAGAAGAAGGCCGAAGCUGCUGUGGCUGACAAAAAGGUCAACAUGGCUGUGACCAAGGAGGACAGCAUCUUCCCCAACAUUCAUCUACCUGGUGGCAUCUCAUCUAAAGCUACUGAGUACAGAGAGUUGGCCCGCAAGGGUGAGAAAUGGGAGAGCCCAGUGUUCUCAAUCGGGGCUGCGUCCAAGAGCACCAACCUGCCUCCUGCUCCUCACGUCACCCGUAAGUCGCAUGCCGUGGGUAGCAACACCACCAGCACCCACUACACCAAUGGCAACUCGAAUGGAAACUACUCGACUGGCCAAUACACCAACGGCAGAAUUGCGGACCACAAGAAUGAAUAUGCUCCGACAACCACUGCGCCUAACACUCUUACAAUCUAGGAAGCGUAGAGUGAGUGCGUAUGCCGCUCCUGUCUCAUCACUACACUUUUAGUGAUGACGAUGGGAAGUAACGAGAAUGAAAAAAGGUGUUUGAGGGGAAGGGGAAAAUAAUGAGGUGGUAUGAUAUGACAGGCAGGAGUCAAUGAUGGUUAUACCCGGAGAUACCCAGGAAUAAGAAAGAUUUUGCUUGGAAAGAUUCCCAAAGGCGAGAAGAGGGAACGAAGUUGGUGAUUACUGCCUGUCUACGGACCUAAUUUUUGUAUAUUCCCUUUGUUUUUCUGUUCCUUGCAUUAAAUACCUACUUAGUAUCUGCUUAGUUAGCAAUGUUUAUGCGCGAUUCCAUUUCAAACAUGAAACAUGAAACAUGAUAUUCAGGAUAUAAUGCCAUGUGAUUGAUUGCUGUAGUUUUCAAGUGUUGUUGCUGCUGUUGCAAAUUUGUAUAUCGU